AGGACUGUGACGCGGAAUUUAGUCGCUUCCAGCAUUACCCGCAAACUUUCUACAUCAACAGAUCUGAACAACACUUCCACGUUCCAAAUCCACUCCCGGACGGUUUUCAAGCAUGUCCCAUCUGUGAGAUGGUCAUGUCUGUUCUGAACUUUGAGAAACACGUUUCAAUUCAUGAAUUAUGUGUAUGUUCUGUUUGCGACAAGCUAAUUAGUACACGGCAGCGCCGUGACCAUUAUAAUCAACACGACUACGAGGUAUGCAGUUUCUGUAUUGAACCACUGGAGCGCAGCGCCCUAAAGAAUCACGUUUUGGCCUUCCAUUGUUGUCCAAUUUGCGAAAACGAAUACGCGAAAGUCCUUCCUCAUUUAGCGCAAGCCCACGAAUGGCAAUUCUGCGAUUAUUGCAACGAGGCGACCAUACACGAACAUGUCCGCGAUGCCAAUUACCACUCAUCCGUCUCUUGUCCCUUAUGUUCUCGUACCAUAGAUUUCGAAUCGAUCGAACCACAUCUUGCGACCCAUAACUGGCAAGCAUGCAGAGAAUGCAAUUCAAACGAAGAUGAUUUUCUAGAACAUGUUGGGAAAUAUCAUCCUGCAAAACCAUGUCCCAUAUGUGGUCGUCUGAUGAUAGAAACAGGAAGGGUACUCCAUCUUUAUGUUGAGCACGAACUUCAAAGAUGCCCGAGUUGUCCGAUUGAGGGGAUUGACGAUGAUCAUGUUCAAAAUGAUCACCAAUGGAAGGAGUGCCAGAUAUGCUUCCAACAGCUACAAGAGGAGCGACUUUCCGACCACUUGUACUCUAUUCAUUCUUGGUCGAAGUGUAAUAUCUGCGGUCUGCCAGCUGCGGAUGCGGAAGAACAUAACCAUCGAUUAAGGCAAUGUCCUGAAUGUUCCCUGGAUAUUGCCGAAGAACAAUUUUUUGCACAUUUGAGUACACAGCACAGACACAAACAAUGCCCAUUUUGCGAAGAUACAGGGACCAUUGAGGAACUCAGACAUCAUAUACAGGAAUUCCAUAACCAGACGGAAAAAUGUGCAGUUUGCGGCAUAUAUGAAACCACGACAGGCCUGUCGCAUCAUCUUCUUACGGAACAUUUGUGGCAACGCUGCGAAUUCUGUGGCGAAAUCCAUUCCGAACUGGCCGUUGGAGAGCACAUACAACAACAUGAUCCUCAGCAGUGUCCGGAUUGUCAUUUACUGCAACCCGCGUCGUCUAUGAAUUCUCAUCGAAUCACCGCCCAUUCGUAUGAGACAUGCCCGUUUUGUCAUGUUCUAUCCCAAGAGGUUCAGGACCACAUCUUUACCUAUCACAGACUACCAGAUGUACCUAUAGCUUCUGAUGACCCUGAGAGAGGAAAUGAAUAUCGUGCGAAAACCCUUGAGUCACGCCUAUUAGAACGCUUGCAAUCUCUUGUGGAUCGUAUACAAUCCAUACAACAAACUAAUUAUCCUCCCGGACUUCAAGAGAUUUUUCACGAAAGCCAAGAGAUCCUCGACCAGAGUCAAGGUGUCAUCACUAGGCUCCAGCACAGCGCUAGCAACGAACCAAUAGUCGUUGAGACAGAAGAUCUACCCAUAUCUCAAUCGCCAGCAAGAACAGUAAACAGAACAGUAGAUUUGGCACCGCCGGGUGAAGAAUCUAGCCAAAGGCGAGCACGCAGCACAAGGCGGGGAAUAAUGGAGGAACCACAAGAUUUGCAACCUACGGCCAACAGUAAAAAGAGAAGAGCCACCACCACCAACCUGAGGAGCAAGCGACCGAAAAAGUCCAACCCAAGCCCAGACAUCUUCUCAAUGCAAAGUCUCCUCAAAGCUUUGGAGGACAAGGAAAUACUUCUUGCUUUCUUUCAAGUGGUCCGAACUAUGAAAGCUGGUCUGUCAUGGAAGGAAUAUUCUCAAAUACAGAAUGAGAACCGACUUCAUAGAGUAUCGCGUUUUGGUGCUCUUAGCGAUACGUUCGAGCACAAAUCUCAUGUUACCCGACUCUUGAAGGAGCUUGGCCUUGUUCUGAUGGCAGGAGAGUUGGACUCGACGAAGGACCAGAACGCACGAUUAAGAGCUGAUCCUGACGAGAUUCAAAAGAUCCUAAGCUUCCAAGGACGGAACUGUAACCCAAAGAAUCGACAACGACUUAACGAUCAAAUUCGACGUGGUCGAAAACUACGAGAUAUCUGCGAACCGUAUCCCGGGUUGCUUUGUUUCAUUUGUCUUGAUAAUCGGUUCGAAAAAUAUAUUUCCCAAUCCACCGCUCAAAUGCAGCCACUGCUUCCAGCUUUCCACGAGCAGCUUUCAAAACAUAAACCUCAAUUAGAAGGUGCAGGUCAAUUUCUGACAUCCAUUCAGAAUGGUGAUUUCAAAGAGUAUGUAUUUGAGAAUUGGAGGGAAGAUGAGCUCCAGGAAGUGACAGACCUAGGCAUCCUCCAAAAUUUACUACGACCAUUUCGAGUAGUAGAGGAAAACAUUCAUUUGCCAAGUCAGUCACUACCGCGGAAAGCCUCAAUACGUCGGCCCGACUCAAUCCCUAGUAUAGAACGACAAUGCGAUUUAUGCGACCAUUGCACCGUUGAACGCCUAUGUCAUUGCAUUUCUACAUGCUUUGCUUCAGAACCUGAGAUUGCGGAUUGCGGAGCUCUUGGGCGUGGUCUCAAGGCUGUGGGACCAGACACCGUCUACCCAAAAGAUACGAGAAUUGGGCAAAUUACGGGAAGAUUUGAAUUGCCUGGUAGAUAUCAGGAUGGGUGGGCUUUAGAAAUCACAAUCCCAUACACUAUGAAGGCUAUACAUCUGUACACGCGCGAAGAGGGCAACCUAUUCAGGUUAAUCAACCAUUCUUGCCGACCGUCUGCGGACCUUGUACUAGAGAAAAUAUCUGGUAAAUGGAGGGCAAUCGUAAAAGCUAAGAGGGAUAUAUUUUGCGAUGAAGCCAUCACGAUAGAUUGGGGACUUCAGUCGCUCCCGGCAAAUACGUUAUGCUUAUGUGAGUCAUGUAGUUACGUACUAUAACGGGGAAACUAUAUAGAAUUUGAAAACCUGGAAAAGGUUGUCGACUCGCCCCCACUCCCCCUCUCCUUCUCUUGACAAUUCCUACGGGCGAUUUUUCAGGUCUAUGAAGAUUAAGUAUGGAUAAUCAACCUUACGCGGACACCCCUUUAGGCCUUUGGUUCAUGACCCCAUCAAUCAAUCACAAUGUGAUAAACUCCACUGA